AUGUAUGAAGUGGAUCUUGAACACGUAGACUACGGGUUUAAUGUUUCGUCUAAUGCUUCUCUUGAAACCAAUCACACAAUAUACGAUGUUAUUGAAGAGUACCAAUUUACACAGUUGCUAUAUGUAACACUUCCCAUUUGUAUUGGUGUUUUAAUAAUAUUCGUUUCUCUUUAUUGUUUACUAAACGUCAUCGACUAUUGGAAAAUAUGCACUACUGAAUAUGAAGAAUAG